AUGAACCAAGAUAUCCAACAUAUAAUUCCACGGGAAUGGGCGACCAUGGCCUCUUUCAAAGUCAUCAUCAUCGGCUCUGGGCUAGCCGGCAGUUUGCUUGCCAAUGGUCUUGCCAAACACAACAUCGAUUUCGAAGUCUAUGAGCGCGCAGAGAAGCACUCGAAACGCGAGGGAUUCCAAAUUCGGCUAGGCGCGGGGGCUCUUAUCGGCAUGCGGGCAUGCCUGGAACAAGGGCAAAUCGACUCUAUUGCUAGACGAUUCGCUCGCUCGACCGUCUCAAACCCACCUAUCGUGUACGACAAGCACUUUAAUAAGAUGUUUGAGCCGGGGAAGAUGCCGGGAUAUCAGAGGUCGACCCCGAUCAACCGCGUAUCUCUUCGAGAGGCUCUCUCCGAGCCACUUCACAAGAUGGGAAAGCUCCACAAUGAGAAGCGAUUUACGAAUUACGAGAUACACCGAGAUGGCAGUCGGCGCUUUGUCAAGGCCUUCUUUGAUGAUGAUACGUCUGACACUUGUGAUGUUCUUAUUGGGGCGGACGGAAGUGGAUCCAAGGUCAACUGCCUCUUAGGGCUCAACAAUCUAGAAGAGGUCAGUUCCCAUCAUGGAUUCCUUGCGAGGAAAGACUUCCCAGUCUCAGUCUUCAACGAUAUUCCCCAACAGCUGCAUUCUCCAGUAGGUACUGUUGAUGGCGGGACCACCCUUUUCUUCCAAGUGUACCUUCCAAGAGAGGUUGGAACCGCUGCCGACUCGAAAUAUAGCUCUGAACAGGGCAUAUCUACCAUGCUUGGAAUAGGAUGGCACCGUGAUAGAAUGCCUCAAGAGUUUGACGCAUUGACAACGGAGGAGAGAUGGGAUGCAGCUGAGCUGCUUAUCCGCGAUUGGUCCCCACAGCAUCACCAAAUAUUCAACAUGUUUCGCGGGCAAGAUAUGUAUUGCUGGACUCCCAGGGUUUCUUCUCGUCCUCCUCUCGACUGGCGUCGUGCUGUAGCUUCACCUGAUGAUGAACGCCUUGGAAACCCGCAUGUGUGGCUCCUUGGAGAUGCCAUGCAUGCCAUGCUUCCGACUAGGGGUAUGGGCGGCAACCAGUCCAUGCUUGAUACUGCCGAUGCGCUUCCUCUCCUAACUUGGUUGGCGGAGAAGGCAAAGACAGCAAAUGCAGCUAGUGAGCAAGACUUCAUGGAAGCUUGUAAGACUUAUGAAGAAGCUGUCAUACCUCGCGCAUUUGAAUGGGUUACACAAAGCGGAGGCAACGACCCAUUGGCGGCCGACACGUCAAAGUUCAAGGCCAGGGCAAUCAUGCGCCUGCUUUCCUUCAUUGGAGAAGCCACGACGUUCUGGAACUGGGUGUUGUUCAAAAUCACUGGCGUGGACCACUCCAAACAGGCGAUUGACUUGUUGUAG